AUGACCGAAUUCAAAGGAUCCGGCAAAGUGGCUGAUUGCAGCCUAUCAGGCUUCGUGCCCUCGAUUCCGUCAAACCAGACCCAGCUCACGAUCCCAAGCAAUUUGGACCCGGAGUUCAUCGGCCUUGCGUUUGGUGUACAAAACUACACCUGCGCGUCUAGCAACAACUUCACGAAUGUAGGCGCGAUAGCUGAGCUCAUCGACAUUUCCUGCUUCGUGGAGGUACCCUUGUUCGACACGAUCCAAAACCAGCUCUUCACCGCCUGGGACCAACUCUCGCAGUCAAUGUCCAUCCAGCAAGUGCUCGACUUUGUACACUCUCUCAACCCACCCGCGAAUCUCGCGCAGCACUACUUCGUACCCAACCCUGUCACGGGCCAGGGCAUCUCCCCGAAGUGGGACUUCACGUCGAAUGGCAAGUUCGAGGGCAACCCCGAUGCGUUCAUCGUCGGAAAGGGGAACGGCACGCUCCCGAGCCCCGACGACUCGAAGAAAGACGUCACGUGGCUGGAGGUCCUGAAUGCGGAGGGCAAGGUUGCGGCUGAACUUUUCCGGUUCGACACGGUCGGCGGCCAGCCUCCGUCGUCUUGCACAUACGGCAAGGACUCGGACAUAGCUGUGACUUACGCGGCGAAGUACAGUGAGUAUUCAAUAUUCAAUGCUCACCGUUGA